AUGACGAAGAGAACCAAGAAGGUCGGUGUUACCGGCAAGUACGGCACAAGAUACGGCGCUUCUCUCCGAAAGCAAGUCAAGAAGAUGGAAAUCACACAACACGCGAAAUACGUUUGCACUUUUUGCGGAAAGACCAGCGUUAGGAGACACUCGGUGGGAAUCUGGGACUGCAAGGCAUGCAAAAAGACAGUUGCUGGAGGAGCAUAUACCGUGUCAACACCCGCCGCUGCGGCCACACGAUCGACUCUUCGACGGUUGAGGGAAAUUGCAGAGGUUUAG